CUCGCUGCCGGUUGCUCGGGUCGUAAGCCGAUGCGGGGUAAAAUCAAAUCUUGGUCAACAUGCUCGAGCUGAAUAUAAAGAUCCAGGUGGGUCUCUUAUGUGAAUCAUUCUCAAAAUGGAUCCAACCCCCUCUGUACCGUCUCUACGUCUCUUUUCUCUCGCAGGAAAAAACGUCCUCAUCACUGGAGCUACCAGAGGCAUCGGCGCUGCAUGUGCUUUAGCUUUAGCUCAAGCCGGGGCCUCGAUAUGUGUUGUUCAGCGCCCCCCCUCCCCGGAUGCGGAGCCGAAUAUGGACACGGUGAAUGUCAUUCGUUCACUAGGUGUGAACGUCCAAGUCGUUUAUUGCGACUUGGGCAACUUGGAUUCCGUCAGGGAACUUUUCCCUGAGGCUCUGGAGCUCAUGGGCGGUAAUAUUCAUAUUCUGGUCAACUGUGCUGGAAUACAGCGGAGAUCGCCGAGUGUCGAUUUCCCGGAGAAGGAUUGGGAUGAUGUUCUGGACGUGAACCUCAAAUCUGUGUGGCUUAUUUCGCAAGCGGCGGGCCAGCACAUGGUUCCACUUCGGAGGGGGAAAAUCAUUAAUUUUUGUUCCUUGUUAACAUUUCAAGGCGGUCUUACCGUCCCGGCUUAUGCCGCAGCUAAAGGCGCACUCGGCCAACUCACGAAGGCUCUCAGUAACGAAUGGAGUCAGCAUAACGUCCAAGUAAACGGCAUCUGCCCGGGUUAUAUUGCCACAGACAUGAACGAGAGGCUUCUAGCGGACCCCACACGCUUCAGACAGAUAUCCGAACGGAUCCCGGCAGGGAGGUGGGGUAGCCCCGAAGACUUUGCCGGUCCGGUGGUGUUCCUCGCUAGCAGCGCAAGUCAAUAUGUCUGUGGCGAACUCUUGGUUGUUGAUGGUGGCUGGAUGGGUCGUUAGAACAGGGGCCACCACUAUUCUCACGACAGUGCGGAGAAAUGUUUGUAUAUGUGAAGCUUUGCAAAUGAAGUCGGUCUUGCUGUGUCCAUGUGAGGAAAACACUAUCAGUUUGAGACUUCCUCGUGGAAUAGUAUGUUCCACGGUAGAAACUUAUCAGGUUAUAAGAUCAUGUACCAUUUCCCGAUGCUGGUGAACGAUGACCAGUCCCUGAAGAUAGCCUAUCUUUCCUCAGGUCCGACCACCGAUCAUAUACAUAUAAUAUCUUCUUGCUCGGUGGCAGUGAUGUCGAGGACUAGACAAGAAAUAGUCAAGCGUGAUGAAUUUUAAACUUAACAUGGUUCUUGGCAAUCAUUUC